GUCGCUUCCACUCGGCUUGCUGUCCCUGCUCAAUUCUCCUCGCAUGCUUCAGGUCUCUUCUAACGAAUAACGCCCGUGCUUACUGCUGUGUCUUUAUCCCUCAUUUCCCGUCAUUCCCUCACGAAUACUCGUCACGGAACUCAGAACUGUCACCACAGCCUCGCCACCAGAAACCAGAAACCGCCGUCGCAAGCAGACGCUUCGUCCUUGUGAUGUCCCUCCCUCGAACCCUCUCGAAAAGCCUGCGACUCUCGCACAGCACGCCGCUGUGCGUGCGCCUGCACCCUGCCUCCGGCAGCACGAGCGUCCGCCAUGCCUCGCUGACUUCGGCCAUCCAUGCCGGGAUCCGUCGCUCCCGAUUCCGGGAGGAUAAGCUGGAUGGGGGACGAGAGGAACGGUCGGGGCGGUCACUGUCCGCGCGGAUGGAGAGGGAGCGGGGUGAGGAUCGCAGGAAUAAGAAACAUGAUAAACACGAUAGGGGGUCUCGGGGUGGUGCCAGGCGCGGAAGAGGCGACGGCGAGCGGGCGGUAUCAUCGUCCAGGAAGGGUCGGGCUUGGGAGACGGAAGCGUCAACAUCUAGGGAGGGUCGGGCUUGGGAGACGGAAGAACGGGGAUCCAACCAGAACGAGGGAUAUGAACGAAGGCGCAAUAGACGCGAGGAGGGCCCCCGGGAUGGGUCCCGGUUUCCCUCGUUCCAGCGCGGUGAGAAGUCUGCCGACACGCGGACGACCCUGAACGUCAAGAAGUCCUUCCUAGGCGCGCAAUUCGACGAGGUCGAGUUCAUCCGCACGGGCAACUUCAAGAAGCUCUCCAGGGAUAAUGAUCGGGGCGCGAACGGCGACAAGAGCGGCCACGACUAUAAGCAGGGCCGGCGAGGUCGAGUGUCGAAUUUCGACCGAAGCGACAGCAGCACGCAGGACCUCCGGCCCUCGCCCUCGAAGCAGAAACCCGGCAACGCGCGGCGCAAGGUCGGGCAGUACACCCACGAGAGCACCGACCAGGUCCCCGAACGCGUCAAGGCGCACGUGCUGCCCCCGGCCGACAUCCCCUACACGACGCCAGCGUCGCAGUUCGUCUUCGGCACGGCGGCGGUCGAGGCGGCGCUGCGCUGCACGCGGCGCCAGCUCUACAAGCUCUACAUCUACCAGUCCGAGGGCGAGAGCCUGUCCGAGGCCAAGUCGGCGAUCCGCAAGCUGGCGCUGCUCAACAACGUGCCGGUCAAGAUGGCCUUCGCGGAGUGGGAUCGGCUCCUCGACAAGAUGAGCGCGGGCCGCCCCCACAACGGGGUCGUGCUGGAGGCCUCGCCCCUCCCGCAGCUGCCCGUAGCGCACUUCCACCGCGUCGCUUCGGUCGCGGAGGAGAACUUCCAGGUCGAGCUGGGCGUGCAGUCGCGCGAGGAGGCCGCCGUCAACGGCACGGACACCCUCGUGCCCAUCAACCAUGCUCGCUGGCUCGCCGAUCACCCCGAUGCCACGGACAGCACCCACCGCUACCCCGUCGUGCUGUUGCUGGACGGCGUGCAGGACCCCGGCAACAUGGGCGCCAUCAUCCGCUCCGCGUAUUACCUGGGGAUCGACGCCGUGGUUCUGGCGGGCCGCAACUCGGCCCCGCUGACCCCGGUCACCAUCAAGGCCUCCGCCGGCGCCGCGGAGAACAUGCCGCUGCUGGCCGUGCGCAACGAGCAGGAGUUCAUCGCCAAGUCCAAGGAGAACGGCUGGCGGUUCUUCGCCGCGGACAUGCCGGGCCCCGCCUCCCAGGUGGUUUCGGACAUUGGCGGUGGCACCGCGGAGGGCCCGGCGACCGCGCAGGCGCCCUGCGUGCUGAUGAUGGGCAGUGAGGGGACCGGGUUGAGUACCCAUCUGCUGUCGGCUGCGGACGUGAAGGUGGGGAUCCCCGGCGCGCGGUUCGAUCCGCGGCUGGGGGUGGAGAGUGAUCCCGCGCGCGUGGACAGUCUGAAUGUCAGUGUUGCGGCGGCGCUGUUGAUGGAGCGGAUCCUGCAGUCGCCGGUUAUGGUGGAUGAGUCGGCGGGGAAGAAGACGAAGACGACGAAGGGGAAGGGUCGGAAGUAGCCGGGUUGACUUGGGUGUGUAUUCUUUGCACGAGUGAUUACGUUUUGUAUACAUCAACCAGCAGAUGGACAUUGAGCUGGAUUUCCCUUUCUGCAUGGACGAGUCGAUUAAGGAAACUAGACGAAUAUUUGAUAGUGAUAGCGCUGAAUGAGCCAUGAAAAUACCUCAUCGUUCACAAAA